AUGUUUGAUGAGUCACGUUUUCUAAAUGCCACUCCAGUUACUGAUACCACCAUGUCCUCUCAAUCUGUUGUUGUCUCAUUUCCUCAGUCAGAACCAAGUAUUGUGAAUGAUCAUUUGAGCAAAUAUGACCUGUCAUUAUUAUUGGCUAGUUCUUCUCAUGCAGUUGCAGCUCCCACAGGUACAACUAACACUGAGACUGUUACAUCGGGUCCUAGUUUGUCACACGUGGGUCCCAUCUUUUCACCAUAUGUGGAUUUAUCAUCCAACACUACUACAACUCCUCCAGAGCCACCGAAUUCUCCCGACAUCAGUCCUACUGACCCCCCAGCGGCUGCUGGUUCAACUAACCCACCUGUCCAGCCUACUACCGAACCAGGUUCUCCGGUGUCCCCAGUCACUUCCUCUACCGUUGCUCCUGAGAUCACCUCCCCACCUGGCAUAAUGACUCAUGGACGUGUAGGGAAGAGUUGUCCUCAACGUUUCACUGAUGUUACAAUCUUAUAA